AUGGGUGGAGAAGCUCCGCAUUUGGUCCCCACCCCGGCCUCGCAGUCGUUGCCAAAGCUCGCAGAGCGUCCGGUCGGCCAGCGAAUCAACCGGAUCUAUACUGAGCGACUGCGUCAGUUCACGGCACAUGGGCAGUAUGAAGGGCAGAAUUUGGUCGCCAAAUACUACGAGGCGGUGGUCUCCGACGACAAGCAUGUUCAGCUGUCCGUCUAUUCUGUCCCAGAUCUGGCCCGGCCGACUUUCAAGGAUGCCACUUCCCAUGAGUUCAGACCGACCAAGGUUGGGGAAUCAUUUGGUCCAAGUUGGUCGACUCAUUGGUUCCGGAUUCAUCUGACGGUCCCCUCGCACUUACUCCGAAAGGAGAGGCUCGAGUUUCACUGGGAUGCCAACAACGAGGGAAUGGUCUGGACGGAGAAAGGGCAUCCUCUGCAAGGACUGACGGGCGGCGGGGAGCGGACCGAAUGGAUCAUCCCAGAUGCUUGGCGUGAUGGAAAGACUCACGUCUUCUACAUCGAGAUGGCUUGCAAUGGCAUGUUUGGUAAUGCGCCUGGCGGUGACUCCAUUCAACCGCCGAACCCUAACAAGUACUACCAGCUCAGCAAAGCGCAGAUCGUGGCCGUCAAUCUGGAGGCUCGAGCGCUCUACUACGAUUUCUGGAUCAUCGGGGAUGCUGCUCGCGAAUUCCCCGGUGACUCGUGGGAGGCCCAUGAAGCCAAUGUGGUCGCCAACGCGAUGAUGGACGCUUUCAUCGCAGGCGAUGGAAGUCAAGAGUCGAUUAAAGAGGCCCGAAAGAUCGCACAGCGAUAUCUGGGGGAUAAGGUGGACUCCGCUGCGGUCUACGCGGAAGACACCAGCCCGUUUGUGUUUGCCAUCGGACAGUGCCAUAUUGACACAUGCUGGCUGUGGCCCUGGGCAGAGACCAAGCGCAAAGUUGCGAGAUCAUGGUCCAACCAAUGUGACUUGAUGGAGCGGUAUCCAGAGCAUCGCUUUGCCGUGUCCCAAGCGCAGCAAUUCAAGUGGCUUGAACAGUACUAUCCAUCCGUCUUUGACCGCGUCAAACGGUGGGUUCGCAAGGGCCACUUUCAACCGAUUGGAGGCAGUUGGGUCGAGCACGAUACAAACAUGCCCAGCGGUGAGUCUCUGGUCCGUCAAUUCCUCUACGGGCAGCGCUUCUUCGAGAGCCGGUUUGGUAAACGGGCAAGUACCUUUUGGCUCCCGGACACGUUCGGAUACUCGGCCCAGAUUCCCCAGAUCUGCCGCCUCGCGGGCAUGAAUCGCUUUUUCACGCAGAAGCUGAGCUGGAACAAUAUCAACAACUUCCCCCACACUACGUUCCAGUGGGUUGCGCUGGAUGGCAGCCAGGUCUUGUGUCAUAUGCCCCCCUCCGAGACCUACACAGCUGAGGCCCAUUUCGGAGAUCUCAAGCGCAGCAUCACUCAGCACAAGUCCAUGGACCAAGACAAGUCGUCCCUUCUCGUUUUCGGCAAGGGAGAUGGGGGUGGUGGUCCAACCUUUGAGCACCUGGAAAAGCUUCGUCGGUGCCGCGGCCUCAGCGAUAAGGUGGGGUCCCUCCCCAGAGUCAAGAUGGGUGACUCGGUCGACGAUUUCUUUGAGAGAUUGGAGAGAAAAGCUGCGGCUGGUACUAAUUUUGCGACCUGGUAUGGCGAGUUGUACUUUGAGCUGCACCGUGGUACCUACACAACCCAGGCCAACAACAAGCGAAACAAUCGAAAGUCGGAAUUUCGCUUACGGGAAAUCGAGCUGUUGGCGACGCUGGCGACGCUUCGCGGCUUGGACAAGAAUUAUAAGUAUCCCAAGAAGGAAAUUGACCAAAUUUGGGAAGGCACCCUUCUCUGCCAAUUCCACGACUGCCUACCGGGCAGCUCUAUCGAAAUGUGCUACGACGACUCUGAUGAACUCUACUCCGAGAUGUUCCAAAUCGCAAAAAGGCUCCGCAACGAGGCCUUGGCUGCCUUGGGAUUGAACGGAACACAGACGUUGAUGGCAUUGAACACGUUGCCCUGGCCUCGUUCCGAGGUGGUCAAGGUUCCCGCACCUCUAGUUGCCGCCCACGGUUCCAAGUUUGCUUUGAUCGAUGGCCCCACAGGUGUCAUUCCAUGCAAGCCUGUUCAAAUCAGUGCUGCAAGCAGAGUGACUGUAUCCGAGAUCAGGCCUGGAGUGUUCCGCCUCGAGAAUGGCAAAUUGCGGGUCGAUGUCGAAGAUGGUGUGAUAUUCUCCCUGUUUGACAUCGAUGCUCAGAGAGAGGUCAUUCCCAAGGGUGGCAAGGCAGGUCAGUUGGUCAUUUUCGAUGACAAGCCACUGUACUGGCAGGCCUGGGACGUGGAAGUCUUUCACCUGGAGUCACGGAAGGAGCUCAAGUCGGGCAAGACUUCGAUCGUCGAGAACUACCCAGAGCUCGUUACCGUCGCGACCAAAACCCAAAUCAGCGACAAGAGUUCUUGUAUGACAUACAUCAGUCUUCAGGCAUCUUCCUCAUCCGAUCUUUCAAUGGUCAGCAUCGUAUGCGAAGUUGAAUGGUUUGAGACGAUGAAAUUCCUCAAGGUUGAAUUCCCCGUUGAUGUGACCAGUACGGAGGCGUCUUAUGAGACUCAGUAUGGUAUCGUGCGACGACCGACGCACUACAACACAAGCUGGGACAUGGCCAAAUUCGAGGUCUGCUGUCACAAGUGGGCUGAUCUUUCGGAGCACGGCUACGGUGUCUCAAUUCUUAACGAUUCCAAAUACGGCUUUGCUACUUGCGGAAACAUGAUGCGUCUAUCACUACUGCGUUCUCCCAAAGCUCCCGACGCCCACGCCGACAUGGGCCGCCACCAUAUAACUUACGGCAUCCUCCCUCACGCAGGCAAUCUCGACGCCCGGACCGUGCGAGCCGGCUACAACUUCAACCACCCGCUGGUGGUCGAGCAGGCAGGCGCGUUAACGUCAAAGUGCAGCGAUGUAUUCGCUUCGUUGUCGGUGCAAGGCAAUCCAUCCGUCAUCAUGGAUACUGUCAAGCGUGGUGAAGAUGAUGAGGAUAUCUCGACAGGCGGCAUUCCGACUCGGCCGGGUAAGAGUAUUGUUUUACGGGUGUAUGAGUCCAUGGGUGGCAAGGCCCGUGCCUCGAUCCACAGCUCCCUCCCUGUCAAGCGCGUUUGGAAGUGCAAUGUUCUUGAGGAUGACCAGGAAGAACUCGGAUUCUCGAAGAGCAAGGAUAACACGGUCAUUGUGGACAUUGAACUGAGAGCGUUCGAGAUCGCCACAUACCGUCUGCAGCUUUGA